CGCUGCCUCAAUGUUGUUGUCUGAAGUUUACUCUAUGAAUAUUGUGAAUCUGGCCUGCUGCAACUUAAAAGUAACGCACCGUACAUGGAGGUGUACUUUUCGUAUUGUUUAUAAAAAAAAUAAUUAAUGCACUCGUUUAACUUAAGAAGCCAUAAAAGGGCGGAAUAAAUUACGAGUCUGUCAAGUAAUUAGUGGUAAAUUUUACUACAUUUACAAUCAAACAUGUGCCAAUCUUGUGUCUGUGCUUUCCACACAUAAACCAAUGAUGCCUUCUUUGAGAAAGAAGGUUGCUGGGUUUAUAAGGCAGUUGUCAGUAACCAAUCAAUCGGAAAAUGCUCCAGCCGGACAAUACGAUGGGAACGUCAGUUCAUCAGGAUGUUUUAUUCAACGUUAUCUCAGCGGCCAUGAUGUUCGUGGAACUGAACCUGUUAUUUUACAUGGUCGGAAUCCUCAAGAAUUGCCAGCAAAAUGCCUUGGCACCUUUGCCACUGGGACACAUUCAAUUGUUGCAACAGCAACAGGACCUGAUGGAGGAUUAACAACUGUGAAUUUGCGGCAACGUCAUUUUUCAACCAGUGACCCUGAUGUUGAUUACAUUGACAUUUUAGAUCAGCAAGCUGAUCAUGAGAGUAAUACAGUUUCGUCAAAUGACUGCAUCUUCAGUCGCAGUUAUGACAGGUGGUUCACAAUUCGGCCUCCAGUUGCUCUUGGCCAUCCAAUUGACAAUACUGUCAUGCACAUACGAGCAGCUGGCUCGGUUUUUAGUGUUGGAAAACGCUCUGUCCACACAAGUGUGUCUGAUUUACAAACAUUUGUGACAGAUAACCAACAUGAUGUGAAACUCAAUGCUAAUAAAGAUACUGUUGAGAAUUCAGAAUACACAGGAAAUUCCAGGAAUGAUAACAUCCUGGAAUAUGCUAGUAAGAAGAUUGAAGAAAUACAUUCAGAUCAAAAAGCCAUUUCAAUUAACCUCUUGUGCAAGCACUCCGCACAUUUAGAUCACGAGCAAGAUCCUAGUCAAACUGGAGAGGAAGCUUUUGAAAAUGGCAUUAUUAACGAGAAAAAAUCCUACUUGGGAAGACCCCCUUUGAAAGAAGAAAUUUGUCAUGAAAUGGACAGAAACAGGAAUGAAGUGGGCUUAAUGACUUCUGACUUGAGUAUGUCAACUGUUGAAGAUGGCAGUCCAUUGGAAGAUGUUGUGAUACCACCUCCUGCUGAAUAUGCCAACAGUAGCUGUGGAUCUGGGUUGGGGUUUGCACCCAUUAGAAAGUCAAAAAGUGCACCUCCACCAUUGUCAGCAAGUGGAAAUCAUAUGGGGAACUCUCGGGCAAGAGUGAGUGACCUGAUGUCACCAACCCAUGCGAAAACAGAAGAAAUUGCUGGUGUAUGUGACUGGUUUUGCCCACAUAAAGAUGCAUUUGGAGCUGCUACAACUUUAUAUGAGCGGCAUCCUAUUACCAAUGAAAAUGCAGGGAAUCCUAUUGCUGACUGCUUUGCUGUGGUAGCACGUGAGAACAGUGCCAUUCUUGCUUUGGCGGAUGGAGUCAACUGGGGCGAGAAGGCCUGUGUGGCAGCUCGAAGUGCCAUUCAUGGUUGUGUGGAGUACUUGAAUAAAGCGCUCUUCACACCUGGAGUAACAUCUGUUUCUAGUACUACAGAUGUGUUUGUGGCUCUUUUGCGAUCCUUCCAUGCGGCUCACAGCCUCAUCCUGCAAGAGGAAGGCAUGCUCACUACGUUGACUGCUGCUGUUGUUCUGCCUCUGAAAACAUCUGAAAAUUAUAUUGUAUGUGUGUGCAAUGUUGGUGAUAGUUUGGCAUAUGUCUAUAGCCAAGAACAUGGAGUUCGAGAGAUAACUAAAGGUUCUCAUGAUAUUCACUGCAUGAGAGAUAUGCGAGAUGCACUAGGAGCUCUUGGUCCAGUUGAUGGGCAAAAUCCAGAAUUAAAUAAUUUGACAUGUUCAAUGACUGAAGUUGAAGAAGGCGAUAUAGUAUUUGUGACAUCUGAUGGUGUGUCUGAUAAUUUUGAUCCUGUCGUUGGAAAGUUUGCCGUUCUGCCUCCUUCACAGCAAAAUGAAGCUUCCACUGUGAAGAUAAACAAUCCCAUGAAAAUGACCUCCAACCCAUCCAGACAGCAGGCCAGCAAUUCACGAACCCCUGGCAGUAGCGACAGCACUCUGCCCACUGUCGAAGCCUACCAACGCCACGAAUUGUCCCUUCUGAGAAUGGAUGAUUUGUUAAAGAAUGGCGUCUCAGGCAAUGGGCCCCCCUGCGGUGAUGCAAAAACUCUUUGUGAAAUGUUGCUAGAUUUUGCUGUGCGACUUACUGCUGCUAAGCGACACAUUUUAGAAGAUCCUGAUUUGUAUUAUACUGUUUCUGAAAAUUCUAACCAACAAAUCAUGGAACUCAGUCGCACAGAGCAACGUACACGUCGAAAGAAAGUAUGUGAAAAAUUGGCAAUGGUUCCUGGUAAAUUGGAUCAUGCUACUGUAGUUGCCUAUAAAGUAGGGGUCCAUGAAAAAUCCUCAAAUUUUCUGCCUGACAAUGAUAAAAAAUUGCCUGAUGAUGUUUUAUUGGAAACUGUGCUUUAAAAAUAGCAACCAUUUUUUAAAAACCUUCCUGAAAAAUCAUUUGUAUUGUUUUAGAUUUAUUCCGUUUUGUACAACGAAGUAUUUUGCAUCUUACGAAAAUUUAUGUAUUUUUUAGUGUUUGAUUUUUAUGCUAUUGGUGCAGUGCAUGCUACAUACUAAAGCAUAUUGAGAAGUGGUUGAAAUUGCUCAUUUUUGCUGUUAAUGGAUAUUGUGUAUACUUAUAUACUGUAUAUAUGCAUGUGCAUCAAAUGGUGGUGUUAGGCUCUUACAGAUAGGUGAAACUUUGGCAGCUUGUGAUAAGAAGAAUUGAUGUUGGUGCUCCAGGUUGAGAAGGGCUUAAGGAAGAUAAAUUGUGUCCAGAGCCUGAAGGAAUAAACAGGAAGCAUUAGUUCUGAAGGAAAUGUAGGACUUCACUUAAUGAAUUAAGAAUAGUGAAGAAUAAAUAUAACAGUUGGUUUAUAGAACGUUUCAAAGGUUAUUCUUGAAGAAAUUCGUGUGUAAAUAUAUUCAUUUAUGAAGAAUCGGUGCAAGGUGUGUUGCAAAUUUCUCAUUUCUAAAGUUCAUAUUUCAGGAAAUGCAAUUUUAAAUGAAAUAUCCGUAGUAAUUGCUAUUGCCCACAUGCUAAUGCCUUCAUUUUAAAUUAAGAGUUCAGAGUCUUCACUUACAACAGACCACUUUGAAAAGUUACUCCAAUUCUUUCCACCUUCUUUGUGUGCAGUUCCACGUGUUUCCUGCUGUAAGAUAUGAACAACUUGUGUUGUAAAGAUCUAGUAAUAAGUUCUGAACCUACAGGAAUUGAUUUUGGAGUAGAAUGUUGGAGGCUGUGAGUUCUUAGAUUGAGGAUGGUGUUUCUUUUAGGUGGUUAAUAUUUAGUAUAUAAUUUUUGAGGAGGAAUAGAAUCAUUAGUCCUGUAUGUUGGAUUUUUUGAUUGUUAUAAAAGCUUUUAGUUAUUAUUGUGGUAAUAAAAUUCUGCUAAUUUGUUCAUAUCUCAUCUGUUUGUAACACAAAUUCCCUUUAGCUCUUUAACUGGCAAAUGAAAUUCAAUUUGGCUUAGCUGUAUGUUUGUUUUUGUUAUCUGCUUGAUAAUGUAUCUUACCUUGACAAAUCAAAUCUAAUUAGCUAUAAGUAUGAUUUUUGUGAUUGUGACAGAUAGAAUGAAGCAACUGUACUGAUAUUUGUUUUUAUCUUAUAAGUAGUUUCAGUAAUUGUACCUUUCUUUCUGAUGAAUGAAUGAUUUCUAACAUUUAUGGGCUUCCCCAUGUCAAAACUGGAUGUAUAUUGUACAUAACUUAAUUGUAACAAUAGUUAUGUUUCAUGCUAUAAUAAUAGACCUGUUUUGCAUGAUUCUUUCCAUUUUCUUUCUCUCUCUUUCUUACUCUUUCUUUGCAAAGUGAUUAAGUUUCAGGUAUAGUAAUUUUUUAUUUGAACUCUAAUUCUUUGUUCUGUUUGCUAUAUUAUAGCAUCUGUAUGAGUAAUUUUCUAUUAAACUAUUCCUAAACUCCACUAUUUUUACAUUAGUUAUUGAACAUGAAAAGGGGUUAGUUGAGUUCUCAGUGUAUACCAGUAAUUAAAUGGUUAGAAAUUGUAUUUUUACUUGCUUUGAGAGUCAAUGUUAUUCUAGAGAAGUAUAGCAUAUUUACUUUAAUUUUCUUAAAAUUCCAAAUGUACAAAUGGAAAGUAGUCUUUUUUACUCGUGUCAUUUCUAGAUAAACAUAUUUCAUGUUAAUCAUUUGCAAUCACUGCAAGGAGUAAUUGGUGUCACAAGAUUUAAAUUGAUUAUUUUCUGAACCACCAUUCAUCAGUUUCUUUGGUGUUGUGUGUGUGCUUUCUUUCUAUUUGUACACAAUCCUACACAAUUAGAAUUAGGAAUUAAUUUUCUCUUCAAGGACCAGCCUAGGAAGGAGGCAACAAGGGUAGCUUCAGUAUUCUGUCUGUAAAUGUGAACAUAAUUUCUUAAAAUUUACAUUCUUUGAAAAAUAUAUAUUUGAGAAACUUUUUUUAGAGUUGGCUUAGGCCCUUCUUAUAAAUCUGAAUAAAUUAAUGCAUGAUGUUAUUUUGGAUCGGUGAGAAAUAUUGUUAUAAUAGUUCCUAAAUUAGAUUCAUAAGCCAUAACCAAUAUGUGUACUUCAUUUGAUGGCUUAUUUACACACAUAUUACAUGUCCAGAAUUCCUAGUUUUGAGGAAACCAAGCUUGAAAGUGUAAAGGUGCAGUUACUUAUGGAGUGACAAUGUUUGCUUUCUAGUAAAAACCAUGAUCUCUCCUAUAUGGAUACACUCUCUUUGUAAACUACAUAGACACGAACAAGAAGGCUCCAAAAAUGAUAUUAACUAAAAAAUGAGAGAACCUACAAUGUUUGUGCACUAAUCUUUUAAGUAUGUUGAGUAGCACACAUUUUCAAGACAGUAUUAGAAAGUAAGUCACAAAUUCAAAUACUUGUGUUAAUAUUCAAAGUUGAUUUAGUAGAUUAUAGAUCUUUCUCAGAGAUUGGUUGUUUAAUUUUCAUGAAGAUUUGAUUUGGAAUUGCAUUUCAUCUCCAUUCUGAUCUGUUCUCAGGGAGACAGUGUGGUCUCUGGCAUGACAAGUAAUUGCUCUAAAAAGUAUUUGGUGAGCGUUGAUGUGCACAAUUAAAAUCCAACAUAUAGAGGCCCUGGGGUCACUGACCUGAUUGGCCCUUGACAUGCAUGUUAAUGACAGGACCAUGCAUAAUACAAUGAAAUCUGUCGUAAGCAGUUAAUAAUGGUUCUACCUAAAAUUGCUAUUAAUAGAGGUGGCUACUUAAGGUUAUGGAAAUCAUAGAUAAGGCCUAUUCAUGCUAAUUGCUGUAAAAUAAAGUAUGUUUUCUGUAGUCGUUUAAUUAUUGUAAACUACAAAAUGCAUCUGAAACAACCAACUACACUUAAAUUAUAAGUUGCAGAAUUGUUUGUUUAUGAGAGUUUUGUUAUUAAUUUCACAAAAUUUCAAAAAAUACCCUUUGUUUCUCACAAUUUUAUUAAAUUUGUGUCUUAUUGCACUUAAAAUGUCAGCAUGUUUUCUAGUAGAAACUUUUCUCAUUUUCUACGAUUGUAUGUCUUAGUUAUUGUCAAACAUCCUUGAACUAGUAAAACUCUUUUUGUGUCCCCACUAAGUCAAACUGAUGAGCAAAUUAGUCUUCAUAAUGCAAUUCAUCUUCUGUAAGCAGGAUUGGCCCACAAAAGAGUUCACAGAGCAGCAUGCAGCAUAGUCUGUUGGCCAUUAACAAGUUCCCCAAGAGGGGAAGAAGGGAUUAGAGAACUGAGAAAACUUCAGUAUAAAUGAAGUGAAUAUAUUGAUAUAUUAUAGAGAUAUUUCUUAAUCAUUUGAUCUUAUCUUGAACAGAAAUUAAACCCUUGCCAGAAGAACAACUAACUAUUCUAAGAAAUUUAAUAAUGACAAGAAAUUGAAUCUGCAGUGCAUUCACCACUCCUUUUGUUUAUAUUUAUGUAUUUAAGAGCAAGAAGCAGUUACAAACUCUGAGAUAUACUAUGGGGAGAAGUGCAAGUCCUGUUCGUAUUGUAUUAGAGUUGCAAACCGCUAGCGCCGACCAGGUAAUAGAGGUCAAUCCGUGCAGUGUUCCUGACCGCUAAGCCAGGGCCAUGCUGGAGGCCAGGGGACCCCUCAGAUGACAUACUUUUGACGUCUUACAGAAAUGUCAGCCAGUUUCACCAACAAAUGGCCAUUAAUUGAGGUGACUGCUAAAUCAAGGUGGCUGUUUGAGAACGUACAUUUCACAUUGUACAUCUAGUUCCGUUCUGGGAAGACAGGGUUUGUAGAAGGGGAGCAUUGUGCCGAGGGGGGGAAAUGGUCAUGGAAAUGCCACAGGUCCUGAAUUCAGCUGGAUAGGUCAGCCUGUUUUAUGAGAUUAAUUUUAGUCUCUUGUCACUGUGGAAGAGACAUGAGUGAAAUAGUUAACCUCUUUUUCUGCUUCCCACGUUUUCUUUGCGAUUUCAACUAGUCAGAUCACUUGAGUUGCUAUUUCACCACUUACGGGCAUGACUUGAAGUCAAUAAGUUUGGAAACAAACACAGAAUUCGUUGAAUCCGAAUUUGAAAUAUAAUAAUUAUUUAUCUCCAGGAUAUGAUGAGUGGUGUGUUCACUCUGAGAGAACUGUUGUUUCCCACUGGGAAUUAACCCAAGGAAGUUGCCUAAUGCUGGCACUCCUCUCUCUCUCUCUCUCUCUCAUUUAUGGAAACAGGUGUGGUACUUUUGAAUAGGUUUGAAAAGUUUGCAUAGGAAGUAAAGGGGAUGAUCUGUAUUCUUAUUCAUUGUAUAAUUCUAUUUUUAUACAUUUAAAUUUAUUCAUAAUUAUUUCAGUAGUGUAGGUAUUUCAAAAUGUUUACUACUUGUUUUAUUAUGUAUGCAUUUAAAACAUUACAUAACUCUAACAAUUUGUCAAAGCUGAAAAUAUUCAGGGCUGACUCCUCCCCUUCCACAAAUUGCUUGAGUGGAAACUUGCAUUAAAGCAUAAUGAGUCAUGGGCGUCCAAUGAGAAGUGUGAUGUGAAUUUAAUGACAAUCAUGAGACCUAGGUGACUAUCCGUGAAUCAAGUAUUUAAUGAGAAUAAAAUGCUGAUCCAUUUGUGAAGGAAUUAUUUGUAAUAAGGUUACAUUAGUUCAGGUACAUAAAUAUCUGUUAAUUAUAUUUUGUAAUGACAAAUAUUUUUUCAUAUUUCAGAUGAAU